AUGAGUUUUGACACGGAUAAAUUUAUAUCGGAAAUACAAUCCCGAAAAGCUAUUUGGGAUUUACAAAGUGAGGAAUAUGCUAAUCGGGAUUUGAAGAAAAAACAGUGGGAAGAAAUAGUGGAGUUAUUUGGAGGUGAAGAAUUAUCAGACGAAGAAAAAAAAACUCAGGUAAGUCAUUCACUUCAAAAGAAAUGGAAAAAUAUAAGAAGCUGCUUUUCGCGAGAAGUACGAAGAUUAAAAAAUACUAAAAGCGGAUCUGCUGCUUCCCAUAAAACUCCCUAUAUUUAUUAUAAUCAGCUGUUAUUUUUGAAGAAUACCGUUGGUAAUUUGAACACAGAGAGUAACAUUGCUGAACAAGAACAUUUGACAAAUGAUCAAGAACAUUUAGGACCUUACUCGAGAGAAAAUAUAGUCGGAAGAAAAAAGAAAAAAACGUCAGAUGAUGGCACAAGCGAACUGUUAACCACAUUAAACAAGUGUAUUGAAACUCGCAAAAAUAAGGAGGAUAUUUUGGAACAAGAUGAGGACAGAAUGUUCCUGAUGUCCCUAUUAUCAUCAUUUAGGGCAAUUCCGGAGCACAAAAAGUCAGCUGCGAAAAUUCAAUUAAUCAGUGUAAUCGAAUCAUUCCGAUCCUCUACUCAAAAUAAUAUAUAUCCAAACACAAUGUGGCGAAAUUUUAAUGAGUACGAGUAUGAGCGUGGUUACUUCACACCGGAGGCCGGGCGUUCAACAGCACCAAGUCAACAAUCACGCCCUGAAGCACAACAUUAUUAUACGCUACCAACUUCAACUCCUUCAGAACGUGAACGCCCAGAGUCGCGAUUUUCUACUGUCACUUCAAAUACCUCGCAAGAUUCUGACAUUUUGGAUCUAUUUUGA